AUGACUUACGAUUCCAUAUCUGUACAAUCGCAUUCCCAACUUACAGCCAUUGUAAGGAGAACUACUCAAAACAUCAAAGGGUGGUAUUUCUAUUGUUUCUCUAGCGAACCCUUCGCAGUCUCCGCGGUAGCAACAUACAUCCCAUUACUUCUAGAACAAUUUGCAAGAUUAAAUGGUGUCCAAGUAGUUGAUCACACGCUCCCAUGCUUACCAACCGAUGACAAAUGUGUGGUUCCCUUGUUUCAUGAAAGGUUAUUCAUCGACACGUCAAGUUUCCCACUUUACAUUUUUUCUAUUAGUGUAUUAUUUGAACUUUUAAUUGUGGUGACUGUAUCAGGAAUUGUCGAUCUACGUGACUGUAUUAAUUUGAAGAAAUGGGUUUUGAUGAUUUUUGGAUUUAUAGGAUCAUUCUCCACCAUCUGGAUCUCACAUUUAAAGAAAGAGCAGUUUUACUCAUUACCCAUACUAUAUAUAAUUGCAAAUGCCUGUUUUGGCGUUAUCAAUGUUGUCGGAAACUCCUUAUUACCCAGAUUCGUGACUGAUUCAGUUAAAUAUAAUCCUAAUACCGACAGAAAUACACAUGACCCUCGCAAAGAUAACGUAGAUCAUCUGACUACUUUAAUAAGUGGUAGAGGUGCAAGUUUAGGUUAUUCCAGUGCCCUCCUAGUUCAAAUAAUCUCCAUGUUUUUGGUGAAAAGAGUCAAUUCGCUUCAUAUAAAGCAAGAUGAUACCAUUGGUAUUCCUAAUACAAUAAAGGAUAUUCAGGUUCCAAUUUGGUUCGUCGGUAUCUGGUGGUUUCUUUGGCAAUUACCAAUGAUAAAAUUGAUGAGUGAUUUGCCCUCUUCAACUUCAACUACCUCACCAAGUUUACUAAAUCAAAGGCUUGAUGACAUCCAUUCACAUAAAUCCUUAGAGAAGAAACCGGUAUCCAUUUUCUAUGGUUGGCUGUCACUUUGGGAAGCCUUCAAACAUGCACGACUAUUGGAGGAUGUAAUGAUAUUCUUGAUUGGUUGGUUCAUCAUCAGUGAUUCCAUUACGACCAUAAAUUCGACGGCAAUCCUAUUUUCAAGAACAGAAUUACAAAUGACCACCCUAGAAUUGAUAAUUGUUAGCAUAUUAACCAUGAUAAGUGCCAUGAUUGGUGCCUUUAUAAUUCCACAAUUUCUUUCCAAAAGGUUUCAUUGGUCUACACAUAAAACUUUAUUAUUCAUCAUAUGUUGGGCCACUUUUAUCCCAUUUUAUGGAAUGCUAGGAUUCGUUUUUAAUUCUUUUGGUUUGAAAAAGAAGUUUGAAAUGUUUCUAUUGGCAAUGUGGUACGGGAUUUCACUAGGUGGAUUAUCUGCUGUUUCACGGUCCUUGUUUAGUCAAAUUAUUCCAAGGGGCAAAGAAUCCACAUUUUUCAGUAUAUUUAGUAUUACAGAUAAAGGUUCUUCCAUUGUCGGACCAUUCCUUAUUGGCUUAGUGACCGAUAAGACUCAUAAUAUAAGGUAUGCAUUUUAUGUCUUAUUUGCAUUGUUAUUGAUAUCUUUACCUGUAAUGAAUUGCUUAAAUGUGGAAAGAGGUAGAAGAGAAGCACAGGAGUUAAAUAGAGUGGACCCUAAUCUCACGCCUGAAGAAGCCGAUGAAGAUUCAACUCCGAUAGAUUCAUAA